AUAUCAACACCGCGUUCCUCCACCGCCCCACUCGCUACAAUUUCCUCGAUUGUUCCAGUGCACAUCCUCUCGUCUAUCUCUCAACUAGAUCUUAGGUUUCGGGUCGCUGACCUCGCCCGCCACCAUGUCAACACUCGAAGAUCUCGAUGACCUUGAGCGCCACGAGAAGGAGGAAAAGAAGGAUGAUGACAAGAAGAAGGAUGGCGAGCAGGGCAAGAGGGGGGCCGAUGGCGAUGCCGAGAUGGAAGACGCAGUGCCGGAGGAGGAGGAGCUAGACGAGGAGAUCUUGAACUCAAGCACACGGGACAUCGUCGCGCGGAGACGGUUACUAGAAAACGACAUGCGCAUCAUGAAGAGCGAGUUCCAGAGGCUGACUCACGAGAAGUCGUCGAUGAAUGAGAAGAUCAAGGACAACCUCGACAAAAUCGAGAACAACAGGCAACUUCCGUACCUAGUUGGUAACGUCGUCGAAAUAUUAGAUCUGGACGUGACCGCAGAAGCGGCGGAAGAGGGCGCCAACAUCGACCUGGACGCCACCCGGGUGGGCAAGUCUGCAGUCAUCAAGACAUCUACGAGACAGACUAUCUUCUUGCCCCUCAUCGGUCUGGUAGAUCACGAGAAGCUCAAGCCUGGCGAUCUCAUUGGCGUGAAUAAGGAUUCAUACCUUGUCCUCGAUACCCUGCCCGCUGAGUACGACAGCCGAGUGAAGGCUAUGGAAGUCGACGAGAAGCCGACGGAGAAGUACACUGAUGUCGGAGGCUUGGAUAAGCAGAUCGAGGAGCUCGUCGAGGCUGUGGUGUGGCCCAUGAAAGAGGCCGAACGGUUCAAGAAGAUUGGCAUCAAGGCACCCAAGGGUGCACUGAUGUACGGCCCUCCCGGUACCGGAAAAACCCUCCUCGCACGAGCCUGCGCAGCCCAAACCGAUGCCACUUUCCUCAAACUCGCCGGACCACAACUCGUGCAGAUGUUCAUCGGUGACGGUGCGAAACUGGUAAGGGAUUGUUUCGCUCUUGCGAAGGAGAAGGCACCCUCGAUCAUCUUCAUCGACGAACUCGAUGCCGUUGGUACUAAGCGUUUCGACUCCGAAAAGUCUGGCGACAGGGAAGUGCAGCGAACCAUGUUGGAGCUUCUCAAUCAGUUGGACGGUUUUGCGUCUGACGACCGCGUCAAAGUCCUUGCUGCAACGAAUCGAGUCGAUGUCCUAGACCCAGCUCUACUUCGUUCAGGUCGUUUGGACAGGAAGAUCGAGUUCCCUCUACCGAACGAAGAGGCUCGCGCACAAAUUAUGCGCAUUCACUCACGGAAAAUGACGGUAGACGAGGGAGUUAACUGGCAAGAGUUGGCACGUAGCACUGACGAGUUUGGUGGAGCACAGCUGAAGGCUGUGUGUGUUGAGGCGGGCAUGAUCGCUCUUCGAACAGGUCACCAGAAGAUCAGCCACGAGCACUACGUCGAUGCUAUCGCUGAAGUGCAGGCAAAGAAGAAGGAUACGGUCAACUUCUACGCAUAAGGUGUGGACAGGUUGAGCUCGAUGAGGUGCUUGCAUAAGUGCGGUAGUAGACCGCACCUGUAAUAACAGAUAUAGCUGCAGCACAACACAAUUGACAAUCAUGAUAUUCAGAUAUUCCACAAUUCAUUGUCAAACAUGCGCCGUAAGGUGUGUUAGCGAGCUAGAACUACUUACAAGGGAUACCCAAGCUUCGAAUGC